UUGGACAUUUCUAGAAGCCGUCCAAUGUUUUUCCUUCAAACAAAUUCAAUUCUGAGAGAAAGCAAAAGCCAAGAGAAAAUCAUCGUGCUCAUCUGUAUUUGAGCUGCCGGAGCAAACAAAGGAAAGAAAAAAAAAAAAAAAAACCCUAAUUUGAUUGAUCCAUUUCUUCAUCCACACUCGUCGAAUUUUUGUUAAUUUAUAAAGUCUACUUGCUCUAAAUUUGGGAGGUUCUUCAACUAAAUUUAGCAAACUAAUUGUUUAUUUAAGCAGAGAAGAGUAGGAGACAAUUCUUUUGGUUUAUGAUCUGUUACAGCAAGACACCGAUUGUAAUCCCUAGGGAAAUUCCGCAAUUUCAUGCGGGAAAGAGAAGCAUAUCCGUGAAGUCGACCCGAUUCGGAGCCGAAUAUCCGUUGGUUUUGGGGCAGAGGAGGAGGAGAGCGGUAAUGGAGAUUACGUCUUCGUCGUCGUUGUCGCCGUCGCCGUUGUUGCUGACGUCGGGUGCGAGCGGGCGCGUGAACGCGCUGUGCUCGCUGCGCGUGUGGAGGAGCCUGAUGAUGCUGAUCAACGCGUUUGUGCUGCUCCUCCUGGUCCCGUUUCGGCGGGCCCCGUCGUCGAGAAAGGAAGAGAAGCGUGAGGAGAGCGGCGGGUCCCACCGCCAUCAGAGGAAGGUGGUGCGGGUCCCUGCGAGGAUGGUGUCGUGGAGGAAGAGCGGCGCGGUGGUGGAGCAGGAAGUGGCGGCGAGGAGAGCGCUGGCCACGAGGAGAGUGGUGCAGGAUGGUCAUGCUGAUGGUGGUGGGGAUGAUGAUGAUGAUGAUGAAAAGAAGAAGAGGAGGUCGGUGAGGGAGUACUCGCUGUUUGUUACCGCGAGAGGCGACACCAUUUUCACGCAGUCCUGGACGCCGGUUUCCGUCAACACCAGGGGACUAGUUCUUAUUAUGCAUGGCCUGAAUGAACACAGUGGCAGAUACGAUGAUUUUGCAAAGCAGCUGAAUGCUAAUGGCUACAAGGUUUAUGGAAUGGAUUGGAUUGGUCAUGGUGGAAGUGAUGGGCUGCAUGCAUAUGUUCAUUCUCUUGAUGAUGCUGUUGCUGAUAUGAAAUCAUUUCUUGAGAAGAUUUUAGCUGAGGAGAAUCCCGGGCUUCCGUGCUUUUGCUUCGGACACUCGACGGGUGCAGCGAUUGUCCUGAAGGCAAUGCUUGACCCAAAGGUUGAAGCCCGUGUAGCUGGUGCAGUAGUGACAUCACCUGCAGUUGGAGUUCAGCCAACCCAUCCUAUUUUUGUGGUACUAGCACCAAUCAUCUCAUUCUUAUUUCCUAGAUAUCAACUUAGUGCUGCUAACAAGAAGGGCAUACCAGUUUCUCGGGACCCGGAGGCACUGAUAGCCAAGUAUUCGGAUCCACUAGUGUAUACCGGAUCCAUCAGGGUAAGGACUGGUUAUGAGAUUCUUCGAAUCACAUCCUACCUGCAGCAGAAUUUGAGAAAAUUAAGAGUCCCCUUUCUAGUUCUCCAUGGCAUUGCUGAUACUGUAACUGACCCAAAAGCUUCUCAGAAACUACACGAUGAAGCCUCCUCAACUGACAAAACCAUCAGAUUGCUAGAAGGGUUCUUACAUGAUCUCCUAUUUGAACUAGAACGAGAGGUUAUUGUGAAUGACAUAAUUGAAUGGUUGAAUUGUAGAGUAUGAGGUUAUAGGUGGAGUAGGAUGGGAAAAUUAUAUUGUGAAAAGGGGAGACUUUUUAUGUUGGUGACCAUUUUCCUUAGAAGAUGAGGAUUUUAAAAAUAGUGGCUGAAUAACAAAUUGCACAAUUUGGAAUUUAAGAAUUCCUUAUAACAGCAAAUGUGUUUUCAUUUUCCUUAGAAGAUGAGGAUUUCUUGCUUGUUUGAAUGAAUGAAGUUUUCGUA